UAGGACCUGGAGGAAUCCUGGUCUUUCUGCAUCAUCUGGUACCUGAUCUGGAGGAGAAGCAGGGAUUCAGAGAGAAAAUAAAAUGGCCAGUCAGUCGCAAGGAAUACAACAGCUCCUCCAUGCUGAAAAACGAGCUGCAGAGAAGGUUGCCGAGGCCAGGAAACGGAAGGCCCGGAGGCUGAGGCAAGCGAAAGAAGAGGCACAGGGUGAGAUCGAACAGUACCGUCUGGAGAGGGAGAAGGACUUCCGACAUAAGCAGGAAGCGGUCAUGGGGUCUCAGGGCAACCUGGCAGCCGAGGUUGAGCAACUGACACGCCAGAAGAUCCAAGCAAUGCAGGCUAAUCACCACCGCAACAAGGAGAAGGUCCUCCGCCAACUGCUGACACUGGUGUGUGACAUCAAGCCGGAAAUCCAUCACAAUUAUCGCAUCAACAUGUAGGCAGGCUUCAUGUGUGAUGGUCCAGUGUUACUUCAUCACCAGGGCUUGAAUGGAAUCAGAUACUCUGUGGACUAUAUUGCGACCAACUCCAGUAUUGCUUCCCUUGCUUGUACUUGUGCAUUAUAAAUUACUGUAUUCAUUAUGCAGUAAAUUAUGUAAAAUAUGCUACGUAUGGACAGCCAACAUUGAUGUAAAUAGAAUUUAUCUCACCAUUGUUCUUUUCUGAAACAGGGAGUUCACUUCUGACUCUGACAUCUAACGUUGAAAGAUUGUUGCUAAGUUAUAGGAACUUUCUUUGUAUUUUGCACAGGAUUUCCCGUUCAAUCAUAUUAUUGCAUAAUAUUUAAAUUGUUUUAUUUAAUUGCUUUCUUCUCCUUUUACAUAGCCUCACUAUCUUCCUUCACCCCCAUUUGACGCUUAACUCUGUCCAUACCUGUUCCUGCUGAGAUCUGUCCUAGUUUUCUCUCCCAGUUACCAACUAUUUCCAACCUUCCUCCAUACUGGACAGUCCUUUCUCCCAAAGUUCCCUGCUUCCCUGUAGCAUGGCUUAGGUUAACGUGUUAAAUAUCAAGGCGUAAUACUAUAUCAUCUGAGCAAUCUAUCAACCACAAUAUAAAUCUGUUUUAAAGGCUUGGCAAGUUAGGUGAAAGCAUUAAACAGUUUUGAUUUUGGAUAACAUUUUGCGGUAAACUUCAUAAAUAACAAGGAAACCCCAGACUAACUCAUGUUUAUCUCAUCCCAAGAAUCAUCUUAACUCUGAGCACCUUAUCACUGUGGACCUCUUUAUGGAGGAGAUUGAGGGGUGACCUGAUAGAGGUAUGAGGGUGAAAGCACAUAGUCUUUUUCCCAGGGAAGGGGUGCUAAAUACAAGAGGGCAUAGGUUUAAGGUCAGAGAUGAGAGAUUUAAACGGAAUAUUAGGGGCAGCAAAGGGUGGUGUGUAUUUGGAAUGAGCUGCCAGAAAUAAUGGUUGAGGUGGGCACAUUAGCAAUGUUUAAAAGCCAUGCAGAUAAGUGCAUGGAUAGGAGAGUUUAGAGGGCAAUAGGCCAAACGCAGGCAGAUGGAACUCGCUCGCUCGGUAACACAGUUGGCAUAGACGAGAUGGGCCGAAGGGCCUGUUUCCAUGCUGUAAGACUCUAUGACUCGACUGACAAACUAAAAUAAAUUCCACACAUUUGUUUGUAUGUUAAUACUGAGAAACAUAUUCCACAUUGUACUUACAAGAUAAUUUUUCCACCCAGCUUGGAUCUCUGUUAUAUUAAGUCGUCUACCAGGAUGUGAAGUUAGUUUGUUGUAUGUAGAGGUGACAACUUCGUAGAGGAAAUAAAAAAAAGGAACAUAGUCAACAUGUGCCUUUGAUAGAACAAGAACUACGUUUUCAUAAAAUACAAGAAAAUAAAAUAGUUUGUAACAUAUUUUGAAGGGCAGAAUGCAUGCACAUUUCAUCAAUAAUUUUAUUACUAGAACAGAGAAGAGCAAAUGAUUGGCAAAGCAUUCAAAGUGUAGCAAGGUUGAAACAAGAACAUGUUAAAUUUCAUUUCAGUUCCCAGGGGUGCGUUAUUCCCAAAGCAUGCAAAAGCCAUAUUUCACUUGUAAAUUAUUUAGUCACCCAUUGCUUUCCACCAAUAAACAUUCACUAUUGACACUGACAUCAUAUCUGCCAUCACUAUAUUCCCUUGUUGCAGUAACCGCUGCAGCUAUAGGUCGUGAAUUUUGUGGUGUGACGAGAACAUUUAAGCGUUUCAUUCUGUUAGACCUCUGCAAAUUGUAUGCUUUCACCCUGUUUCUUGUAAGUAAAAGGACAUUAUUGUCUUGCAGUUAUCUUGUGAAAUCUACAAAUGUUGCAGGAAUGUGUUACAUUCGCGAAGUCCUUUCAACAGCUGUUUCAAAUUUGUAAUGAUGUAAAUGUAAUUUCCGUAGUACAGUUGUUGUUAUUCUCUUUUUGGUGUCGCCUGCAUACAUUGGGAGAAUAUUGUGUUUGAUAAGACAAAAUGUGUCGAUGUGCAAGUCUUUUGCUAUGUCAGUUACAGCAAAUAAACAUCAAAGGAGGCUGGUUGUGUGGCCAGUUCCUGUGUCUUGCAGUGUGCUAAA